CAUUUUUCACCACUGGCUGCUUUUCACUCUGGUUCUGAUCAAGUGUUAAUUAUGGAUGUAGCACGGUUCAAGUAUCCACCUCAUUGGGUUACAUUAAGUCAGUUGCAGAAGGCUAUGUGCAGUUUGGAUCCUUCAACAAAGAGGCCGAGAGGAUAUCUCAGGCUAAAGCUUCGUACAGGCUCAAGACCCUUACUAGCCUUUGCCGUCAAAGCAAAUCUUGGUUGCAAUGAUGCGGAUUUUGCAACGGCCGUUCUUUCAUGGAAAGAAUUUUUGCUUUGCGACGUAAUGGAUGAUGAGAAUGAGGAAUUGCAGGUGAGUGAGUAA